AUGAGUGGUGUUUAUUCCAUUGCUGAGGUGGCUGAUGAUAGCAACAAAAGACCUGAAAGAACCAUUUUUUGUUAUUUAGAAAAAGGAUUUGAAGAAAGUCAAAUUAAGUCAUUGAAAGCGGUUGCUAAUUUGGUAAGAGCAAAUGGUGCAAAAGUUUGUGAUUCUUUGGAGGAAGUGGUUGAAUAUUUGAACAAUCAGCAAUUAGGAUUGGUGGAAGAAAUAACUUCUAUUGAUUCUACUAGUCAAAUAACAAGAGAACAAUUUAUAAUUCAAGAAGAACAACCUGCUAAAGAAGAAUUGUAUGUUGAUAAUUAUGAUAAGGAUAGGUUUGAUAAAGGAAUAUACAAUCGCUUUUAUGGCUCCUUAGAACCUCUGAAAGAACUAAAGAAGCUGAGGUGGCUAAACAUUGAAAUAGAAAAAGAGUUAAAAGAGGCUGCCCAAAUUGCAGAUAUGGGUGAAGAAACUACGGAGAUUAGGGAGGAGGAUACUAAAUGA